UACUUCUUCCCAAAGAGAGCGAGCCGAUCGAGCAGAAGAGAAGCCAAAAGCUCCAAUCUUCGAAACGUGCGUAGAACACUCGAUCGCCAUGGCCGGAGGAGGAGAUGAGCUGAAGCUGCUGGGGAUGUGGGCGAGCCCGUUCGCGCUGCGAGCGAAGCUCGCGCUCAGCUUCAAGGGCCUGAGCUACGACUACGUCGAGGAGGACUUCAAGAACAAGAGCGAGCUGCUCCUCAGCUCCAACCCGGUGCACAAGAAGGUUCCCGUGCUCAUCCACAACGGCAAGCCCAUCUGCGAGUCGCAGGUCAUCGUACAGUACAUCGACGAGGUGUUCCCCGACGCCGGCGUCACCCUCCUCCCCGCCGACCCCCACGAUCGCGCCGUCGCUCGCUUCUGGGCCUCCUACAUCGACGAAAAGCUGUUCGGUGCGUGGAUUCCGGUGUUCAGAGGCAAGACGGAGGAGGAGAAGGCGGAGGGGGUGAAGCAAACGUUCGCGGUGGCGGAGAAACUGGAGGGAGCACUGAGCGAGUGCUGCAAGGGGAAGCCCUUCUUCGGCGGCGACACCGUCGGCUACGUCGACGUCGUGCUCGGAGGCUUCGUCGCGUGGGUGCACGCCAUCGAAGAGGUGUUCGGCCUGAACCAGUUCGACGCCGCCAAGACGCCGCUCCUGGCGGCGUGGUUGGAGCGCUUCGACGAGCUCGACGCCGCCAAGGAGGCCAUGCCGGACAUCGGCAGGCUGGUCGAGCUCGAGAAGAUGAGGCAGGCACAGGCACAGGCGGCGGUAUAUUGAAGUUUGAGCGCAACUAUAUUUGAUUAUCGUGUGCUUUGAUAUUUUCGCAGUUUUUGGCUGUACGCCUGUACCUCUUAUUGUUUCUGCAACCGUGUUUCAUCAGUUCAUGUUGCCGCACCGUGUAUGUUUCUCCA